UCAUCUGUAGGAGGAGGAGGAGGUACGCACAACUCCGGUCCCUCCGCUCUGUGAGAGCCGCUGCUGGAUAUUAUGUGGUUUUACUGCUUUUUUGAAGCUUUUUAACCAGGGGCGUGAUGCGGGUUUCCCAGUGAGGAGGACACCCGGAGCUCCUCGUCUGUCCGCGAACAGCCGUACGAUGGCCCCGUCCCUCAUCCGAGCCUGCCGCAGUCUGGCUCUCUCGACGUGGCUGCUGUCGUUCUGCUUCGUCCACUUGCUGUGUCUGGACUUCACGGUGGCGGAGAAGGAGGAGUGGUACACGGCGUUCGUCAACAUCACCUACCUGGACCCUGCCACGUCGGAGGUGAGGACGGAGAAAACCGAGUGCGGUCGCUACGGCGAGCACUCCCCUAAGAAGGAAGCCAGGGGUCUGGUGCUGGUCCCGGCCCUCCUGCAGGACAGACAGGCGUGCGACCCCGGCGUCAGGUUUCCCCCCGUCCCGCCAAACACCGCCUGGGUGGCGCUGGUGGCCGCGGGCAACUGUACGUACCGGGAGAAGAUCCGAAAUGUCGCAAACCACAACGCCUCUGCGGUGAUUAUUUACAACGUGGGCUCCAGCAGCACCAACGACACCAUAACUAUGCCCCAUCCAGAUACAGGCGACGUCGUGGCCAUCAUGAUCCCGGAGCCCAAAGGCCGUGAGAUCGUGUCCCUGCUGGAGCGGCACAUCAUGGUCAUGGUCCACAUCACCAUAGGAACCCGCAACCUGCAGAAGUACGUGAGCAGGACGUCGGUGGUGUUCGUCUCCAUCUCCUUCAUCGUCCUCAUGAUCAUCUCCCUCGCCUGGCUCGUCUUCUACUACAUCCAGAGGUUCCGCUACGCCAACGCGCGAGAUCGCAACCAGAGGCGUCUGGGAGAUGCUGCCAAAAAGGCCAUCAGUAAGCUUCAAGUCCGCACCAUUAAGAAAGGAGACAAGGAAACAGAAUCAGACUUUGACAACUGUGCAGUUUGCAUUGAAGGUUAUAAGCCCAAUGACGUUGUAAGGAUAUUACCAUGCAGACAUGUCUUCCAUAAGCACUGUGUGGAUCCAUGGCUACAAGACCACCGAACGUGUCCGAUGUGCAAAAUGAACAUCCUCAAAGCCCUGGGAAUCCCACUCAACGCAGACUGCUCAGAAGAGGUUCCCCCAGACUACGAGGCGUCUGUCGGAGGUCCACCCACCAACGCCAUCAGCGGGGCAAGUGACAUCACAGUUAACGAGAGCUCGGUGGUGCUGGAUCCCGCAGGAAGAGUGAUAGACCUGCAGCAGCUCCACCCCGAUGCAGAGACGACGCCUCAGGCAGGGGAGAGCCACGUCAUUGCCAGCAGUGAACACCAGCCUGCCCUCAGCAGCGAUUCAGACACUUCUAUCAUCAUCAGCACAGAGGUAGGCGUGUCUGAAGCAGAUCUGUCUGCCGAGCAGGAAUGUGUCGAGGCCAAAUCCACAGCCAAUCAGAGCUGAGCAGAAAGCAUGAACCAGGACAAGGAGGGUGAGAGCAGUGGACCUACAGAGAUUUGCCACAUCUUUGGCUAAUUUGAAGAAAGUGACCUCUGAGAAGACGUGCGAAUGACCAGUAUGACCAACAGCAGCACAAAACACCCAAUUCUGUCUCCGCUGACGGAAAAACUGAUUCAUCCCUGCAUCUCUUCAUGUUCUAGAUGGUCAACCAGACAGCUCUCACAUUAUGGUGGCCCAGUUUUUGUAAGUUUUUUCCUUUAAUCUACUCUCUGAAAUGCACAUACAGUAACUAUGGAGAUGUUGGAGGACUUCAUGGUGCGGAGAAGGCAACAUUUGUCUCUCCUCAGUUUGGCAAACCAAACCUGCUGCUGGACACAAAGCAGACACAAAGAGAGCAGCAGGACCUCCUCAACUCCAGAUCACAGCUUUAAUUUCUUAAUUACUAUAAAAAAAAAAUGUGUGCAGAUAGUUUGACCUCUUGGUACGAGAUCACUGCCAACAAUUCCAGAAGUUUUACUGAUGUUACGAGUACAUAUAUGGCACAUACAGACAGUAUAUAAGCAGUACCAUCCCUCACAGUUGGUGUGAAUUCCCACCAGCAGUUUGCCAGCGUCUGACUUGGGUACAUGUUGUGAUCAUGCUAGGUUUCAUGUGGUCGCGUGACAUUUAGGAGAUGGAAAAUGUAAGCACACAUUAAGCUGUAAUUUCUAAAUGUGACUGUUUCUGUUACUAUUUUGUGAAUCUUCAUUUUUACCAACUGAAUAUUCCUGUUGUGAUAAGGAAUCAACCAAACACAAAGUACAUGUUGUCUGUCCUCACAUUUGACAAUCAUAAGCUUGUUUUGAGCAGUUUGAAGUGAUGUCACCCACUGCCCUACCAAAACUGCUGCUAAAUAUCACAACACAUGGAGUCAGUGAUCAGUACAGAUGGUAAAUCUGUCAGUUGCCACUACCAAAUCUGCGCACAUGUCUGUAUACAAACCUCCACUUGUCAAGCGAGCUAAUAUGAAUAGGUCAAUGCGUCUUUGUGCCAAGCUCUUCUGUUUUAUUUUAAACAUUGCCAUUUUAUAUGUACACUGAUUCCCUGGAAUGGCAUGAGUCUUUUUCAUGAUAUAAAACCUAAGAAAUAACACGAGAAUGUGGGAUUAAACAAUAUGUGUCUGCUAAAAGAAGGACUAUGUUUGGAGAAAUAAGGGAGGGAACUAUGCAUUGCUAGGGUUUCAUCUGAGGAAUAUGAUGCCCCAAGCAUUUUUUUUUUUUUAAAAAGAGAUUAUAACAUAGAAAAUGUUUACAGUUGUGAAGUAUGUCCACACUAUGCCGGCUAACGUUGUAAAACUGAUGCAUCCCCGUCAGCGGGGUAAAAGCAAAGAUCUGCCAACUGAAGUGCAUCAUGUUACAGUGAGUUAAAAGGAAAGGUCUUUAUGCCUUUUUAAAAAAACAUCCACUGUCUGUGGAGCUCUCAGGUGGUCAGGGAGGAAGUUCCAGAUGUGAGGGGCAGCUGAAUGGAAGGCUCCCAUGGUCCGGAGCUUGGUUCUGGGAGGGCGGAGGAGGUAAUGGUUAUUGGUGGCAGAGGAGUUCUUUGAGGUAGUGCAAGGCAUUGCCGUGAAUGCACCAAUGGGUGAGGAGAGCAAUUCUGAAUUGAAUUCUCAAGGAGACGGGGAGCCAUGGAUGGGUGUGAUGUGGUCUAAGGAUCCUAGCGGUGCUGUUUUCAAUGUAUUGGAGCUUUUGCAGGCUCUUGCUGGGGCAGUAGUCCAGCCUGGAGGAGACAAAGGCAUGGACGAGUUUCUCUGCAUUCUCUAGAAGGAUGAGGGUGCGAUGGAGUUUGGCAAUAUUUUUGAGGCGGAAAAACGAAGACUUGCCUAGAUGUUUGAUGUGGUUGUUGAAUGUCAGAUGAGGGUCCAGUCUAUCACCGAGGUUGUUAACUGCCGAUGAGAGGGGAAUGUCUUGUCUGGACAAGGUGAUGGUGGUUGUGGCGUAUGACUGGACUUGAUGAGGAGUGCCGACAAGACUGGAGCUGUUUAGCUGGAGAAAGUUUUGACUGAUCUAGGCCUUGGUCUCCUCCAAGCAUGUGGUCAGGGUGAACAGUGCUGAUGAAGUUGAUGAUGAUGUUAGCAGGGGAGCAGACGGGGUUGGGACAGUCCUGAGGUAAAGCUGUGUGUCAUCAGCGUAGCAAUGGAAAAAGAUUCCAUGCCGGGUGAUGACACGGCCAAGGGGGAGCAUAUAUAAAAUGAUCAGGGCUGGACCGAGGAGGGACCCUUUGGAGACGCCACAGGUGACAGGAAGUGUCUGGGACUUAGCACCUCCCAGGCUGACAUGCUCGGUCCUUCCAGAGAGGUAUGAUAUAAACCAGUCCAAGGCAGUAUCAGAAAGUCCUAUAUCAGAGUGGAGGUGAUUGAAGAGGAUAUGGUGAUUGAUGGUGUCAAAGGAGUGAAGGAGAGUCAGCAUCACCUGAAAAAGCAGCCGCCUCUGGUUUAUGAAGCUUUAUACUGUUUGUAUAUGAGUUUCAACACAUUGUUUAGCUAUCCAGCCUGCAUCUUUACAGCUGGUUCACUCUUCCUGCUGUUAUUUGUUUUUUUCAGUAAAGAAUCUGUAACUCACUCCAGACUACCUGCCCAGGACCAAACAACAGGCUGACCCACCAAUCACUUUUGGUAGCAGAAAUGUCCCUCAAAAGUUGGUCCAGACCAAAACCAGAGCUAAAAGAUGGUGAAAUUUAUCGCAGGUUGAUGAAAAUAUAAUCUGACAAUAUUUUUGCAGGUUUAAUUUUGCCACAAAGUUGCACCAUCUCAGUUUUCCUUCAACAAUGUAAUCUUAAAACGAAACUAUGAAGACUGUUAUUGAGAAAGACGUGGUCAACUUAGCGUGGACGUACGAAGACUCUUAUAAUGAUGAUGCUGACUGUUAAUGCACAAUGCAGUUUGUGAUAGAUUUCAUUCUUCUACUUUUCGUUUUAUUGUUAUUUAUUUGUGUUCAUCGUCCUGUAUUAUACUAGGUCCUUUUUACAAGUAAUGUCUCACAUGUAGUACGAUCAGCAGAAUCUGGUGCUGGUUUCACUCCGUUUCCUCUCACAUUCCUGCAGACUUGCACACUGAAAAGGCACAGACCCACUGACUCGGAGCCAGUUGAGUUUUAACUGGUGGUUUUUCUCUUGCAGUCAUUGUUUCCAUCGAGUCCUGCAGCCACCUGGGACUCUCUUAUGUAACUCACACGUUCACACCCUGCUUGUUUGGGUCAGGCAUUUAGUGUAAGUGCAAACAUUUCAGUGUUUCAGAAAGCAGUGGUAUUAAGGACAGAUGGUAAUUCUAUAUUUGUGCAAAGGCUUUGCGAGACUAUAUUUUCAACUUCAGAAACUUGAUACCUAUAGACACUACAGCACAUUGUAGUAAUGCUUGUCCAUAAAGUGAAAAAGUAAAAAAGGUUGGGGUUAGAUGCACUGCCUACGGGUUGGAGAAAGCUCGACAGUUUUCACAUUGCCACACUUUAUGCUGUAUCAUUACUGUUCAAGCACCAAGGGUGCGAAGACCCAGUUGAAACCCACGGGAUUACUAUUAUACUUUCACUGUCCAACAAAAGAAGCACAUUUUUGAGGCCCUAAACAUAGUCGAAAACGCAUGAAAAUUUGCACACACAUCGGGGCCGCCGAAAAAUUUUAUAUUUUAUGGAAAUAGCACGUGUAUGCCAAAAUGGCUCAAUAGCGCCUCCUAGAAAAUUUCAAACAUUUAUUACGACCAGUGCAUGUGACCUAGACUUAUGAAAUUUGGUACAUGUGUAACUCGUCAAGAUGCCCAAAAAUGUAAUUGACACCCAUGCCCAAAACACAACAGGAAGUCGGCCAUUUUGAGUUAAGUGAUCAAAAGUUAUAAAAAUGUUCUGCGAAAGUCUGUCGGGGUGGAAAUGGUGACCAGCAGAAUUUCGAAGUUUCACCAUGAAGCAGGAAGUGCUGUCUAACUAGCCGUACAUGCACCAAUCUGCCUGAAACUUUACAUGUGUGAUCAGAGUUCGGCCCUAAUCACAUCCAUAGGCCGAUAUACAUUCACAAUAAUAGUGCCACCUGGUGGACAUUUUUGAUGGUUCGCCAUGAAACAGGAAAUGCUGUCUAAGUAGUCUGUACAUGUCCAGUCUGCCUCAAACUUUACAUGUUUGAUCAGAGGCCCGUCCGAUUACAUUCUUAGGCCAAAAUACACACUCAGUUGCAGCACCACCUGGUGGACAUGCUUGGAUUCAUUGACCAGCAAGGAUGCGAGGACCCGACCAAACUUUAACUAUUAUUACAAAUCCAGCACUUCUACAUGUACCACACAUUUUCAGCUUGACUGGAAUGUGUGGUAACAUUGUAGAAGUUUUCAAAAUUCAGGUUUAUUUUUAACUGUGUAUCUUCUCUGUUGUGGACAAGAAGGUGCAGAAAGAAUGUGAUUCUUGCCAGCUGAUUAUAGACGCAGAUGCUGAAGCCUCAGCCUGCGUAAUCUGGACCUUUAAGCUUCUGUAUGUUACAUCAGCUCAUGUGGGUAAUGACACAGCACAAUACAUAGGAUUUCCCAUCAAUGUUUGUCAAUCCUCAUCUUUCUUGUUUGUUUUCUCCCUUCUACGCUUUUGAAUUUCAGUUUUUUUUUUCCUGGCAUUUUGUCUUCUUCUCACAUGUACAAACAAAAUAAACACACUUUGUCCAUCUUACAAAAAGCACAUCCGUUUGCAGUGCCAAGUAACAGGUUCCUGGUUGUGCUGCCAAAUGAAAUGAAUUUCCUAAAGUUAGAUUAAACUUAACCUUUCUUUUUACAGAGCAACUCAAGUUAUGCGAUAAAAUUAUGAGGCCAUCUCUCAGUUUUGUCUGUUUACAGUCUACUUCCUCUCUCUUAGGACUAAAUACAGUUCAAAGGGUUUUAAGGCACUAAAGACCAGAGCACACUUCAUGUAUUGACAUUUAGUGUAUUUAUGAUGAAAGCUAAACUGGUUUCCCUAAUUGUAGCUGCAACACUCUUUUGUGUGUCCAUAAUUUAGUAAUCAUUUCUUACAAGCUUUCCAAUACGAAAUAUAAAACCAUUCGAAAGUUUGGGGUCACUUAGAAAUGUCUUUGAAAGAAAAGUAGUUUUGUUUCAGUGAAGAUAACAAAUGAAUCAGAAAUACAGUCUAGACAUUGUUAAUGUGGUAAAUGACUAUUCUAGCUGGAAACGGCUGAUUUUUAAUGGAAUAUCUACAUAGAGGUACAGAGGAACAUUUCCAGCAACCAUCACUCCUGUGUUCUAAUGCUACAUUGUGUUAGCUAAUGGUAUUGAAAGGCUAAUUGAUGAUUAGAAAAACCUUGUGCAAUUAUGUUAGCACAUGAAUAAAAGUGUGAGUUUUCACAGAAAACAUGAAAUUGCCUGGUGAUCCCAGACUUUUGAAUUGUAGUGUUUGUAAUGACUUCUAAUUUUGGGGAAAGUGUAGCUGUCUUUAAUGUAAAAGCACAAUUCAAACUCAACCAUACAUAUAAAACAAUCCUUAUUUAUUCAUUCUAUGUUUUAUUUAUGUAUUUUAUUAUUUGUAUUAGACAGGGACAGUGUUCAUUGAUCAUCAGUAAUGACCCAACGAGUCUAAAAGAUACAUUUUCAUUAAGUUUCUCUGGAGACAUGUUAAAAAGGCACCCUGUAAACGAGUAUAGCCAAAAAUAUUUAUACUUUACAUAACUUGGAUCCACUAAUAAAUAAUACAUACAAGGUAAUUAGCUUAGUUGCAUUUAGUUAAUUGAAAUGAAUAUAUCAAUAAAACACAGUUUCUAUUUUCCCAAUAAUUAGGAGCAAAUGAUGUUCUUGGAAUGUAUUUAAAAAUGAUUCAUAAAUUAUGGACACAUAAAAUACAGCCUUGUCCAGCAUUGCUAUACUGUACACAAAGAUAUCCAAUUUCUGUUUUGUUAUAUUGUUACAUGUGUUUUCUUCUGGUUGUGUUAACUUUCCUAUAUUGCACUUUAACCCUCCAGUGAUUGGGGAAGGCUGAACUGAAUGAAAUUCUUUUUUUAAUGAACAGCUUUUAAAGAAAGAGGGCUACAUGUGUCUGUUGUUGCUUCGUAUCUAAUGUUGUGAUCUUUUAUCUGUGCUAUGUGUAUGUGGGGUGGAGAGUAUCAAUAUAUUGUAAAUUAAAUACCCAGCAGAUAUAACAGCAUCGCUAUUUUGGUAUAUAAAAACAUUGUAUGUAUGAUUAGCAAUGUCUCUGUCCUUUUCUUGUACCGUACACGAUGCAUGUGUAGGAAUGUCUUUGACUGUGUGUUAUAAUAAAUUUGAAUCAGGUUUUUCCAA